GGGCUAACCAUGGCCGAGGGCGGGGAGAAGGCGGAGUUCUGCCUCACGGCCUUCUAUAUAAGCGGGCAGUGGCAGCGGCUGCGCGGUGAUACUGACCUUCAGUGUGUCAGUUUCAGCGCCAUGGCGCCCUCCAGGAAGUUCUUCGUCGGGGGGAACUGGAAGAUGAAUGGGCGGAAGAAAAACCUGGGGGAACUCAUCACCACUCUGAACGCGGCCAAGGUGCCGGCCGACACCGAAGUGGUUUGUGCACCCCCCACCGCCUACAUCGACUUUGCCAGGCAGAAGCUAGAUCCCAAGAUUGCUGUGGCUGCGCAGAACUGCUACAAAGUGACUAAUGGAGCCUUUACUGGGGAGAUCAGCCCUGGCAUGAUCAAAGACUGUGGAGCCACGUGGGUAGUCCUGGGGCACUCGGAGAGAAGGCAUGUCUUUGGGGAGUCUGACGAGCUGAUUGGACAGAAAGUGGCCCACGCCCUGGCAGAGGGACUUGGAGUAAUCGCUUGCAUCGGGGAGAAGCUAGAUGAGAGGGAAGCUGGCAUCACUGAGAAGGUCGUUUUCGAGCAAACCAAGGUCAUCGCAGAUAAUGUCAAGGACUGGAGCAAGGUUGUCCUGGCCUAUGAGCCUGUAUGGGCCAUUGGUACUGGCAAGACUGCAACACCCCAACAGGUAACCAAGCCCAGGAACUCUGCCCUUAUCUUACCCUGCCUCAGUAGGACUAGACUGCCACAGAGAUCACCUGAGCCAACCCCUCAUUUUAAAGACAGGAGCCCCCAGCGCAUCUACCCGGCCCAGUCGGUAGUGCGUCUGAUUCUCUGA